AUGCAUUCUGCUCUUCUUCUCGAGGAGUUUGUUCGCGCAAUCUACCAGCAAAUGGAGCCACAGGAUGCUGUCUCGCUUUCGCUGACCUGCCGUGUCGUCUCUGAUUUUGUGUUGAAUGCGCUGUGGGAAAACCCAAUCUCUCUCGUACCUCUUAUUUGCGUCUUCCCUAGCAAAUUUAUUCAGGCACAGCCGAUUCGAAGGAGCGUUGCGGGAACAAUAGCGUACAGCUUCGUAUCCGAUUCAUUCGACUCGGAAUUAGAAGACUCUCAGUGGGCAAGAGUCCAGAGUUACGCGUCUCGUAUCAAGCGCUUCGAUAAUCUCAGGGAACAUGCUAUUGGAGGAGUACUGAAAGGUCUCGUGUAUCCGAACGUGUUCAAGGCACUCUCCGAGAAAGGCCUCUCUGAAGCAAAACCUCUUUUCCCAAACCUCAAUAGCAUGAGCUGGUUUCCGGGAAUUUAUGAUAUCGGCUUCUUACGCGCCUUAACGAGCCCCUCUCUCAAACACCUUCGUUUUAUCGACUUUCCUUGCCGGGGUCUUUACGAAGCAGAGGAUGACUUUGACACCGACCUUCAAGAGUUGUGGGCGGGAAACCUGACGAUACUGGAGGAUAUCAGCACGAGAUGCCCAAAUCUUCAGACUUUAGUUUUGCCCUCAACUUCUUGGAAAAACCGCACAGGGCAACGUCUCGCCAAGGGCAUGAGGAAUACCAUUCUCUCAUGGAAGCAUCUGCGCCAUCUGGACUUUGACCACACUGACGAUCUUGUCUUGCAACACGUGUCUACUCUUCCCAAGCUGCGGACUUUGGCGAUCGCUCUUUCCAACGACGGCUAUCUUGUUCAAGACACGUUCGGAGUCUCUACCUUCCAGAGCCUCAAUCGCCUGAUCCUGCGUGAAGCCGUCGGUUUCGAGCCAUGUGCAAAAUUUCUUGAAGCACUCUCGCGUGCACCCGGCUUAUCCUGCCUCGAGCUUCAUUCAGUGGCCCCAGGGAGUAUCUCGGACCUCCUCAACGUUGUCAACCAACGCUGCUCCCCGGAUUUGAAGGAGUUGUCUGUCUAUGAAAACUGUGGGCACCCAAGAGAUAGCUCGCCCACUAGUUUUCUCACUGCUGAAGACCUCCGUCCGGCGUAUUCAUUCCAUUCUCUGGAAAAGUUCACCAUCAAUACGCGGCGGUCUGGCAAACUUAGUGAUGGAGACCUUUUAGAACUCGCACAGGCGUGGCCGAGAUUGGUCAGCCUCAAUCUCAACGUCCACUCCGAAUACCAGAACACAUCCUGCCUGUCACUUGGUGGUCUUGCCGUGGCCUUACAGCACUGGCCGUACCUCGAGGAGCUUGGGGUAUCAGUUGACGCUACUGCGCCUUCCAUCGAUUAUUUUUGCGCCAAUUGGCCGGAUGGUAUGCCUCAGGUCCCGACACUUCGUAAGCUAGACCUCGGCGCUUCCCAAAUCGAUGAUAAUACCCAAGAAGUCGCCCAGUGUCUUCGCCAUUUUAUUGGUGGCCUCGAGCGAGCGAAUCUUCAGGCAUGGUCGGAGAAGGGGAGAGAUCCGAGCGAUAAAGGGUAUUCUUGGAGCUGGAAAAGGUGGCAAGAUGUUUUUGAUACUAUUACAAACUAUCCUGCAAGGAUGCACGGGCGUGAUCAUUAG